UGACUAAUCUGGUGCACAGGUGGCCCCGCCGGGCAUGAAGCAGGUGACCACCAUGAUGUGUGGUUCGUGCGCCAACGAGAACGCCUACAAGAGCAUCUUCCUGUGGUACCGGCAGCGGGAGAGGGGCGCGGACGCGGGCUUCACUCCGGAGGAGAUGGAGUCCUGCAUGCUGAACCAGGCCCCGGGCUCCCCGCCCCUCUGCAUGCUGUCCUUCAAAGGGGGCUUUUCACGGGCGCACAAUGGAGUGUUAUCCACGACGCGCUCCAAAUACUUGCACAAGAUCGAUGUUCCAGCGUUUGAUUGGCCCGUGGCCUCCUUCCCAGCAUACAAGUAUCCUCUAGAAGAGAAUAAACGAGAGAACGAAGCUCAAGACAAGAAAUGUUUGGCAGAGGUUGAAGAAUUGAUUGAGUCUCAGAAGAAGAAAGGGGUUCCUGUUGCUGGCAUCGUGGUGGAACCCAUCCAGGCGGAAGGCGGCGACAACGAAGCGUCUCCUGAAUUCUUCCAGCAGUUGCAGCGCAUAGCAAAAAAGAACCAAGUGGCCCUGCUGAUUGACGAGGUGCAGACGGGUGGCGGGCCGACCGGCAAGAUGUGGUGCCACGAACAUUUCAACUUGGACUCCCCGCCGGACAUCGUCACGUUCUCCAAGAAGAUGCAGCUGGGGGGCUACUAUCUCAGCCCUGACUUCCAGCCGCAGCUGCCGUACAGGGUGUUCAACACGUGGAUGGGCGAGCCCGCCAAGCUGCUGCUGCUGCAAGGGGUGGUGUCGGUGGUGAAGCGCGACGGCCUGCUGGCCCUGGUCCGCUCCUCGGGCGAGCGGCUCCGCGCCGGCCUGCUGCGGCUGGAGCGGGAGUUCCCCCACCUGCUGGGCUCCACGCGCGGCCGGGGCACCUUCCUGGCCGUCUCCUGCCCCUCCGCCGCCCUGCGGGACGACCUCGUCUCCCGGCUCAGGCAGAGAGGAGUGCAGACGGGGGGCUGCGGGGAGCUGUCCAUCAGGCUCCGCCCCGCGCUCAUCUUCCAGGAACAUCACGCGGAAAUCUUCCUGGACAUCUUCCGCCAGGUCCUGGCAGCCACGAAGUGAUGUCGAGUGGUUCGCCGUCGGCUGUCAUUCCAGGGCAACGUUAGAAGGCAACCCACACCCAUAUGUAUAAUCUUUGUUGUUAAGUUGAGUGUUUAUUUGUUCAAGGCAUUUUCUUACCGGGUGCAGCUGUUUUUACCUUAAGUGUGUUCAUUGAGGCCAGUUAAUUUUGUUGAGAGAGAGAGAAAAAUUGGAAGGAUUUAAAAUGUCAACUGUGUGCCAUUGUCUCUUUUACUGCCAGGAUGAUAUUAUGCAACGUUUCAGUUGUAGAAUUUGUUGUUCGUAAUUUUUUAUUGCUUCUUAUUACUGAAAUGAUUUACCAAAGAAUUAUUUGUUCUGGUUUUGCUGUUUGAAGUGAAAGAAUUCGCACUUGCCAUCGCUUUUUUAAGGUUCUGCAGGUACAGAAAAUAUAAGAGGGGACCUAAGGAUUACAAGUACAAAACAGGUAAGUGUUUAAAAUUAAAAUUGUAUUUUGGAUGUGAGAAAGAUUAUUUUUUUUUAAUUUGCAACAGCUCUGAGUGCAUAUUUUGUUUGGUAUUUGCCAUUUCACAGGUGCAUGAAUGUGCACAUAAUUAAUUUGUACAUGCACUGUAAGUUGAUAGCGUGGCACUUUCUUUUCAUGAGUUUAUAUUUGUACACUGCUUUUGAGCAGGGAUAAUGUUAGGAAGAACACUUGUUCUUGUUUGUGUAUUUACAAUGUUUAUAUUAACAUUUAUUAUUGAUAGUGGAGAGCUAUCAUAGUUUUUAUGGUAACAAAAAAAAAUGUUUGGGUAAAGGUAGGCCAGACGGACACCCUAAGGAUAUACUGUCAAAAUUCUCCCACAUGGUUUACUGAAACUUCACAUAAAAAUGCAGUCUCCUUUAAAAAUAUAAUGGUAUGCUUGUCUGGAAAGAAAUGUUUGCCACUGAAAUGUAUGACAAAAAAAUAAACAAUUAUCAUUGCCUUUGGGGCAUAUGGAUACAUUAGACCUAAUUUUUGAAGUUACUCCGACAAACACGCAUGAAAUUAAAAAUAUGGCUCCGUUCCAUUAUGAAAGCACUAAACAUGAAACCAGAUAAUAGUGAUAAUACACUGCAGGCGUUGCACCCAAUCUUCCAUCUGUUUGGAGAUAUGUAUGACAUUCAUCUUUCAUGUACUGCUUCCUAUAUUUGGUAGGCCUACUUGAUGUCUUCCUCACGUUUCUCAUGGGUCUUUUUGCAAGAAUUGGGCUCAACUCCUCAAAACUGUUUCUUCGGGUUUUUUUUGCGAUGACUUGGCUGUAGACGUUGAUGGCACUGGUGAAACAGAUGCCGAUUGCUGGUUUGGUAACACCAGCUCUGCCUUGACUUGUACUUCCACUAACACUGCAUUGAUUGGUACACGUAAGAUGUCAGGCUAUGGAUCAUUCCAGGUGAGAAUACAUGUUCACGGAGACAGUUUGGAUUGAAGGGGGAAAAUUCCACUGGUCUUGAAUCCAUUCACACUAUUUUGUGGGAGCGUACAUGUUAACGUUAAGAAACCAGUUGGUGUGAGCCAACUAAGAGGUAAAAAUAAAUAUAAUUUACUUAAGGCGUGUCCGAAACAGCCAAAAUUUUAAUAUUUAGGGUUUAUUAUUGUUUUAUUUCUUAGGAUUAGUGGAUUAGAACAUCUCAUCAAUUUAUAUAGCAGUAUCCGCCCAGCUCCAUAAAUGAAGACCAUAACUGUGUCUGUUUGUCCCCAAACGUACUUCCUGCAACACUUUGUUCUCACGAAUUCCAACAGAUAGGAGUAUUCCUUUUUGUGCUCAAGUGCGUAGCCUAGCAACCAGGAACCUGCCGUAAACACGGCAAAAAUUCUCACACUUGUAUUACGCAAGUAAAUCCUUAUCUUAUAACUUUAUGUUACUAUGCGAUAGUAUUAAAAUACAAUUUUCUAUCCUGCAGUCGAGCCAGAAGUUGUGUUGUAAAUUUUACUUCCAGGGUGGGUUUUGGAGCAAACUUGUGAUAAAUACACAUUUGCACUGUACUUUCAGGACAAUCAGAUAUAUCAUUACUACCACCUCUAAUUACAUAAAUAUAUCUAAAAAAAAAAAUCUUUCGACCUGUCCGUUUGCCCCCAUGUCUGUGUGGCCUGCCCUUACCCUAAUGUUGUUGGGGACUGUAGAUUCUUUGAAUGAUAUAUACAACAACAAAAAGUGCCAAAGUUGGUGAUUAUGUGUUGAUUUUAAUUUACAUUAGUGGUUUUUAUAUAGAUAAAAUAUAUUUUAUUAUAUUAAUCUGUUGUAUUAAGUAGGACUGUAGUAUGUAAACAACUGAAGAGAAAAGUAGGACUGCAAGUAUAAUUUUUACUCCAUAUUCUCAUUGUCAUUAGAUUUGAGUUGUCAGGGUGGCUUUGACACCACUGAUCUCAGUUUAGGUUCAUGAAUGUUAUCAUUUUGCACCCACUGGAUGUUUUUAUUAGAAAAAGCCUCUUGAAAGUAGCUGUGUAGCAUGUGCUACUAAAAGAUUUCUUUCAUAUGCUAUUAUCAGUUUAUUUGGAACUUGAUGGAUUGUUAUUUUUAACAAGCACUAAAAGGUGUGUGGCCUUCUGCCACACGUUUUUGUUUACCUCGUAACAGUCGUAACCCAUGAAAAAUUCAGGCAGCUUACCUUUAACUUUAUGUGUUGUAUUUGACAGGGGCUAAAAAUAUUCCUGCGUUAAGUACAAAAAAGUCUGUCAUAUAAAGGUGUAGUAGUGUUAAGCUCAAAAUAGCAUGCAUGAUGCAGCUAAGCUGACCGCUCUUAAGUCUUCCAUAUUGUGAUAACACAAUUCCAUGUCUUCCAUAUGAUGUGUUCAAAAACUCGUGCUUAUUUUAUUGUGUGACUUGUUAAAGUGAAACAUUACUGAAAACUGAAAUAUAUAUAUUUCAUAUUGUUA